AUGCCUGUCGUCAGCCGAAACGGGACGCAGCUCCCGCCCUACGACUACAGUUACGUCUUCCAACAGCUCAUCGACCAUAACAACCCUAGCCUGGGCACGUUCCGGCAGCGCUACUGGCACACGUACGAGUUCUAUGAGUCUGGUGGCCCGAUAAUCCUCUUCAUGCCUGGGGAGACCGACGCAGACGGCUACUACGACUACCUGACGAACGCGACGAUCAAUGGACAAAUCGCACAAAAACUCAACGGAGCGACAGUCAUACUGGAGCACCGUUUCUUCGGCGACUCCAACCCGAUGCCGGACCUCUCCGUGCAGAGCCUGCGCGUCCACACCGUGCAGCAGGCGAUCGACGACCUUGUCUAUUUCGCGCAAAAUGUCAAGCUCCCGAUGCCUGGCGGCGACCAGCUCGCCCCUGGUAAGGCGCCGUGGAUCCUCACGGGCGGCAGCUACGGCGGAGCCUUGGUCAGCUACACCAUGGCCGACCAACCCGACGUAUUCUACUCUGGAUACGCGUCGUCUGCGGUAGUUCAAGCCAUUGUUGACUUCUGGGGCUACUUCGAACCCAUCCGCCAAGCUAUGCCGGCAAACUGCUCAGCCGACAUCGAGGCCGUCAUCGCGCACGUCGACACCGUCCUCACGUCCAACAACACCGCGCAGAUCAACACCUUGAAGAGCACGUUCGGCCUCCAAGGCCUGGCGCACAACGACGACUUUGCCGCCGCAUUGCAAGAGAACUUCCUGUCGUGGCAGGCCCUGCAGCCCAACAGCGGCCCCGGCGGCGACUUCUACGAGUUCUGCGACGCGUUGGAGGUCAAGAACGGCGUCAGCGCGGGAGCAUCCGGCUGGGGCCUCGAUAAUGCGCUGCAGGCGUGGGGAAACUACUGGAAGUCCAAGUACUACAGCGACAUUUGCGGCGACGACGACGUCGAGACGUGCCUCGGGACAUACGAUGCGACAAACCCGUUCUGGUCCUACGACUACCUAGGCCAAACCGACCGGGCGUGGAACUGGCUCCUGUGCAACGAGUUCGGAUUCUACUUCGACGGCGCACCCGCGAACCACCCAACGGUCGCGUCUCGCCUGGUCACGCCAGCAUGGGGAGAGCGGCAAUGCGGGUACCGCUUCCCCGGCGCAUUCACAUCGAACAUCUCCAGUUCCGCAGCCGUAGAGCCAGUCCCCGACGCGCGCGGGGUGAACUCGGCCUACAAGGGCUGGAACACGACGACCGAGCGCCUGGUCUUCGCGAACGGCAUCAGAGACCCGUGGCGCGAAGCGACGGUUGCGGCGGACGGCUCGACGAGCACCGGGUCCGACAUGCAGCCGCACCUGCUCUCUGACGGGUUCCACUGCUCCGACCUGCUCGUGGACCAGGGCCAGGCGAGCGCGAAGGUGAAGAGCGUGCAGGACACGGCCUUGACGUACUUCGAGAAGUGGCACGCCGCGUGGACGCCGUCGGCAUAG